AUGGUUUCGCUGCCACAUGUACCAAGAAACACACUCCAAUCGAAGUAUGAAAAGCCGUUGUACUAUUUUAAAGAUGUUAAGCUAAAAAUGGAUGGAUUCAAGUUUGAGGAAGCAGUGGAGUUCGAUGUGAAAGACCCGCUUCCGCUCACCACUACCACAUAUGCAAAAGACAAGAAAGUGGCAGCCAUGAAUGACUUGUUCUUUGUGUACAUGAGCAACAACAAGGAAAUAGCAACGAUCGUCCUCCGAAGGAAUGUCCAGUACGUGAGGGAUGGCAGUGAGGCUGCCAGCCAUCGCAAUAAAUCCUCGCAUGUGUCCGAGGAUGGUGAAAAGACAGAAGGGCCAGAUUGCUGUUCAAAGUUCUUCAGGUUUUGCAAGCUUGUAGAGAAGGAGUCGAUCAGGAUUAGAUUCGACAGCGAUGUGAACAAAAUACUCUUGAACGGCGAUCAGAUAAUCUUCAUGCUAGUCGACAGGGUGGUGAUUUACACGCUGUUUUCGACCAGCACCAUUGAGGCCAAGGCGCUGGACAUUGCUGUAGAUCGGUAUCUUUACAUACUGACAGAAGACGCGGUCCUCAUUUACAGCGACAAGCUUGUGAAAAAGAUUAAGAUUGACAAAAAGUGCAGGUUUGUAGUUCCCACACCGUCGCACAUAUUUGUUGUCAGACGUGCGGUUGUCUACAAAAUAGCAGGGGACGUGGCAGAGCCGUACUUUGAUGCGCUUUCGUAUAUUGAUGGCUGUGUCUUCGAUGAGAAAUUCAUGUACCUGGCUAGCGACUAUGGGCUCUUCAAGGUUGGGCUCUACGACAGAGAGGUUGCCAGGAUCCAGUAUGCUAUGUGGUCUUUGAAGCUGUAUCUGUGCUGCAACCACAUAGUUCUCUUUAACUCCAACUCUGGCCUGCUGUUCAUCGAUAAGAACGACUUUUCGAGGUUUUCUGCAAGGAAUCUGGACAUUAGCCUUUGCAGCAUAGCCACGUACAGAAAUACCAUUGCGUACAUCUGCAGCAAGGAAGUCAUAUUCUGUGAGUAUGUGCAUGCCAAUGGGAAUCUUGAGCUGGCCGACCCAUCUCCAAGCGAGCGUGUGGAAAGUGGCACGACGCCAACAGAGGAGAUAGGAAGGACAAGGUCGGAACACCUGGCUCCAUAUCCAUAUAGCUUGUAUGGGAUGACUGCGUUUAAUAGGAAGCCCAGUGCCUUUUCAAAGCUAUUGGGUUUCAAGAGUGAUCCAGAGGCUCCAAGGAUUGCUAAAAUGCACGAAGUUCGUACAGCCCGCAGCCCGCGUGCCAUGUCUGAUAAGCGUGCCGGCACAGAACAUGCCCAGACCAAUAGCGUCUCCAGGCUGCUCCCAUCUCCAGCUUUGACACAGGUCCAGGCCGAUCACAAAGCUAGCAGUGGAUCCCCAAAAAGACACAGAUGCAUUCUGGAUGCAGAAAGCACUGGCAAUCCUUAUACUGCACUCUUCGGCCAGAACGAGAGGUUUGUGGAGGAUCCCCACAUUGCAGUUGCCAUAGACGAGGACAGCCUGUCCGAGAAUGACAUGGCCAGGAUUAAACACGAAGUGAAGAAAGCACACCGCUACCUGCAGAGACAGGCAUGCUCGACCGAGGAGUCGUCCAGCGAGUCUGAAGAGGAUGGGCUGUUUUUUGACGAGUUGGAGAACCAGGGUCUGGAGAUAAUCACCCACCCGGUGCUUCAGUCAAUACCAGAAACAUUCAAAUCAAAAAAGAAGUGCAGAGCAGCUGGCAAAGUUCCAAUGUAUAACGUGUUCAAGAGGGUGUAUUCAAGGCUUGGACUGAACCAUCCAAUUACAUACUCGGUGCCGCUAGAGGCUGUUGCCCGCGGCAAGAUGCGGGCGAUUGUCUGUUCUAGACGCCAGACUGCCUAUCCAAAGUCGUACUUUUUCAUCGAAAAUCAUUUUGACUACUUCAAAAGAAUGUUCAACCCCAGAAAUAACGAAGACGAAAGACCCUACAGAGGUGUAAUAUACUCAUUUAUUGAUGACGAGUUCAAGAGGAUUCUUGGAUACAGGCAGGCAGUGCAAAGUAGAUCUGAGCAAAAGCUCGAUCCCGUAAAGAAGAAACAGGGAGGAUUCUAG